AUGGAAUCUGCAGAAAUCCAAUGACUUGGAAGCCCAGGGUAUAUUGGCCCUUACAGAGAAGAUAGAGACCCUUAUACAGAAAUUUAUAAUGAGCUUAAAGAUCUUUGACUUGACUCAAAUAAAGAUAAAAGUGAAAAAUUCAAAAAGGAAAAAUUUCAAAAAAAUCUAAAAGUAAAGGUCAGUCCUAUCCUUUUGAAUUCUAGCAAAGCUGAAGAACUUGACAUAACACCAAAUAGCAAUUCAAAUGAAACUUCUGAAGGCAAAAGUUUUUUAAACCCUGUUAUUUUGCCUGAUUCCCCUACUUACUGCUUUGCAAUUAAAGAAAAUGGUAUUUAUGAAAAUACAAUAAAAAAGCUGAGGAAAUUAGAUGAUGAGCAGAAUAAUUGCUAUAUAUUCGGGAUAACCCCUCAGCUUGCUAAUGAAGAUCCUGAGUCCAAAGAAACCUCACAUGAAAUGAGAAAAUCUGUAAAAACAGCUUAUAGACUAGUCCAGUUAUAUGGAGUUGGAAGUGACGCGAUGAGAUUAUACAUGCUAGAUUGUGAAUAUUCCAGCAAAUUAAGAAUAUUUGAAGCAAUUCAGUGGCUUGUUAAAACUUGUGACCAGCAUCCUAAUCAGCAAGUUUAUCAUGGUCUAGGUUUUUCUCUAAAUCUGGAAGAAUUAAGGGCUUCAAUUAGUCUUCAUAAAAAACUCCACAACUUCAAUAAGCUCGAUUAUGAUGAGAAAUGCGAAAUUUUAGCAGAGCUAAAAUUUGAAGACAGAUUACCAUGGACUUAUGAAGUGUAUACAGAACUUAUUCAUAGAUAUCUUACAACACCUAAGAAUGAAUAUUUCCAAAUCUUGAAUGAUAUCAUUACAAUUGAAAUGCGUUAUAGUUGCAUGCCUAGAAUAAUGAAUAACAGAGAGUGAAUGAUAUUAAUUAGUGAUAAAGUUCUUGAGCUUGCUAAUAAGCUGGCAAGGUCAAAUAAAUGGUAA